AUGCGAUGUAUCUCUCGUAAAGUGGAUAAGGAAUUGAAAGAGAACUCGAAGCUUUCUCUCUGCCGUAAUGCCCUUCUCAAUCGAGCACAGGAAACUUUUGUUAACAAAACAUGGGAGGAUGAACGAAAUGUGAAGGUCAAAGAAAUCGAAGAGGAAGAAGAUCCCAAGAAGAAACUGCAGAUGGAACUCGAUCUUCAGGAAGCUGACAACAAGUUCCGACGGCGAAAGUUUGGAAAUAUCACAUUUAUCGGACAAUUAUAUCGUCAAUCGUUGCUAUCGACAAAGAUUGUUCAAUGGUGCUUGUUCGACUUGAUCAAACAUUCACAUCGAAAUCCUGAUACGGGGAAACUCCCUGAGCCUCCUUACGAUGAGGAAUCCCUCCAAUGUGCUAUUCAACUUAUUGAAAGCCUUGGAAAACAAUUAGAUCUAUCUACACCUGAAUUUAACGGCAAAGAAUACUUAGAUCAGACGUUGAAACAUCUAGAAUGUAUAUCUGGCAUGUGCAGCAACAAAAUUAGGUUUAUGAUAAUGAAUGUCAUUGAACUGCGACAAAACCGAUGGAUUCCUCGAAAAGGAGUCGAUCAAGGACCGAAGAAAAUUGCUGAAAUUCACAAUGAGAUCAAACGUGAACAAAUGGAAAAUCAAAUGCAACGAGAUCAAUAUGACCGAAAGCUGCGAACCGGCGGAAGUACUUCUCAACAUGGCCGAAAUCCACCUGUUGCGCGAAGCUCGCUCGACAACCGAUUUGGACCUAAAGGAGGAGAUCGCCGUUCAAUUGCAGCUUCAAAGUCCAAGCAGACCCCAUCAAGUGUUCAACCCAAGAACGUCAGUUUGUUAUUGAAG